CUUCAAUAUAACAAUUAUCUUUAAAAAAUAAAUUCAUUGUAAUGAAGGAGCGAUACGAAGUCCAAUAUGAGAAGUUUGCUAAGAUGGAACUAUCUGAAGAUGGCGAUGCGAAAAAUGUUAUGAUUGAAAAAAUAGCUGUGUGCUUGUCCUGGAUUCUUGUGGUGAUGUUUUUACCCUUCUCCCUGUGCAUUUGUCUGAACGUGGCCGCCGAGUACCAGCGAAUUGUGAUGUUCCGCCUGGGUCGCAUAAGAAACUGCUAUGGUCCAGGCCUUAUAUUCCUGCUGCCCUGCAUCGAUUCGUAUGUUACUGUGGACAUUCGCACCGAUGUGGUGAACGUGGAUCCCCAAGAGAUGCUAACCAAAGACUCGGUGACAAUAACAGUGAACGCGGUAGUUUUCUAUUGCAUCUACCAUCCCAUCGACUCGAUCGUCAAUGUGGACAAUGCCAGGGAUGCCACCGAACGCAUUUCCCAGGUCACCCUGCGCAACAUCGUGGGCUCGAAGCCACUGCACGAACUGUUGACCUCCAGGCAGCAACUGUCGCGGGAAGUCCAGCUGGCGGUGGCCGAGAUCACGGGACGCUGGGGCGUGAGGGUGGAGCGAGUGGACCUCAUGGAGAUUUCAUUGCCCAGCAGCUUGGAGAGAUCGUUGGCCAGCGAAGCGGAGGCGGUGAGGGAAGCCCGGGCCAAGAUCAUUUUGGCCGAGGGCGAGGCCAAAGCCUCAAAGGCUCUGAAGGAAGCCUCCGAUGUGAUGGCCGAGAACCAAAUUACCCUACAACUGAGGCAUCUUCAGAUCCUCUCAUCUUUGGCAACGGAACGUCGUGUAAAUGUCAUAUUUCCCAUUCCCUUGGAAAUUAUGGAACCAUUUGUUGAUGGAAGUGAAUCGCCUGCACCAAAGCAGGAUGACAACGAAAGGGAUCAAUCUGAUUAUUUAAAUUUGAUCUCGCCAAAAGUUUACAUAAUGGGUCCUCCACCGGACAGCUUUCCUGGUGAGAAUGGUAACCAAAAUGGACAGGAAAAUGAGAAAGGCCGAACUUGGAAGUGGCCACCAUUUUUGAGACUCUCGCGAAGUGGUGAACGUGGUGAACAACCUUCCAGCAGCCAGCCAUCGACCAGCACAGGGACCAACCGAGCAGCUGAGGUCGAACCCUACCCACUGCUUUCGAAGCCACCAGCUCGUUCUAGUUCUGCGCCUGCUAAGCCAUCUCCCAUACCCCUUCCCCCACGCCCCGAUCCGCCGGCACUUCCUCCCAUUCCUCCCCAUCCGACCUUACCUCCUCUUCCCGAACGCCCCAUACCACCGGCCAAGUCUACUUCACCUCCAAGGGAAGACAGUCCAAAAGUACCAAAGUCCGACAAAAACUACUAUUUUUAGAAGCAUUUGUUUAAAAGCAUUUUGUGGAUUGUGUGAUAAAAUAAAUAUUAAUA